UAGACCCAUUAUGUGUUAUUAUGAGAGGUCAGUAUUCUAAGCUCUGCUUGAGAAAAGUUGAGAGAACAAAGCUCUUUGUAGAUUUAUGUAAAUCAAACUGGUCAGUUGAUCAAACAGUUUCAAUGGAGCUGGACAUACUAGAAGAGCAGUUUCGUGUUGGGAUAUGCUCUGUUGGUUUCAUUCUGUUUACAAUCGCCGGAAUAGUUUGUACGAGCCGUAGCCUUCCCAUUGACAACUCCGAUCCAUGUACUUACAUCGGGCUAUAUUAAAUUAUAUUGCACUGGAAGCGAUUGAGACUUGGUCUAUAUUACAUGUUCAUAUCAUGUAGAACGAUGAAUCUCCUCGUCGUAAUUCUGGCCACCUUGGUCGUAGCUACGACUGCCAACAACGCCACACUGUACACGGUGGAAGAAGCAUUGGAAGACCAGUAUAUUAUCGUGGUGAAGCCAAUAUAUACGGAUGAAAAAGUUGAAGCAAUCAAGCGAAUGAUCCUAGAUGACGUUUCUGGUGUCUUUUCUGGUUCUUCCAUCAGGCAUACCUACACCAAAGCCAUCAAGGGUUUCUCGGCUACUCUAACCCAAAGAGCUCUCGAAAAACUACUAUCGAGAGAAGAGAUAGAAUACAUAACCCAAGAUGGCGUCGUCCGUACCUCUUCAGUGAAAUCAUGGGGCUUGGAUCGUAUUGAUCAGCGAUAUCUACCUCUAGACGGGACAGCAGAUUUUACAGGUGACGGUACAGGUAUCCAUGCGUAUAUCAUCGACACAGGGAUCUAUCCUGAAAGCAUAUACUUUAAUGGCAGAGCCAGUGUUGCCUUUGAUGCGUACCGUGAAGAGGGGGCUGAAAAUUACGGCAUUGAUUGCAACGGCCAUGGAACGCACUGUGCGGGGAUCAUAGGCGGCGAUGAAUACGGAGUGGCCAGGGGUGUCAAGCUCUUUGGAGUGAGGGUGCUGAACUGCAAGGGGUCCGGUCCAACUAGUGACGUCAUAGCAGGUAUUGAUUAUGUGGCUGAGAACGGAAAGAAACCCGCUGUAGCAUCCAUGUCACUUGGUGGAUUUUCCAAUAAGGCUAUGGACAAUGCAGUUGAAGGUUUGAUCGAAGUCGGUGUCACCGUGGUCGUGGCGGCUGGCAAUUUCAAUAUGAAAGCAUGUUCAUUUUCACCUGCUCGAGUCAACAAGGCAAUAACCGUUGGUGCUACGGACAUCGAUGAUAAUAGGGCUGAUUUUUCUAAUUACGGAAAGUGUGUUGAUAUCUUUGCUCCUGGCGUUGACAUCCCUAGCGCAUGGAUCGAUGGGACGACCGAAACGCGCACUCUCAGUGGUACAUCCAUGGCUUGCCCUUUCGUGGCCGGUGCUGUGGCUGUCGCUCUGGGAAACACACGUGGGCAAACACCGGCUGAACUCAAACAGGAGAUCAUUGACGACGCCACUGAAGAUGUCAUUAAGAGCGUCAAGGAGCGGUCGCCGAAUAGAUUGCUUUAUGUCCCAUAGACUAUAUUCAUUUUAUCCUGAGACGACAGUUUCGUGGAAAGUACUAUAUCUUCGAGAAAGAUAGCUCAGAAUAAGAUGGAAAUCCACACGAGCCAGCCCUCUAUCGUCUAUGCUCUAUUUGCAUGAGUGAAUAAAACGCACUCCACCUUCAUUCCAUGACAUUAUAUCGCGGUCUUUCAUGACGGAACUGAAAUGUCUGUCGCGGUGCAUUUGUAUCGUAACAUGAUAAAUUUCUAAUAUCAAAUUAUUAUAACUACAAAUUAAUACCAAAUUUCUUACAUAAAUUUCCGUUAGAAGGUAUAAACAGUUCUGGUUAGUCCAUAAAAGGAUCCAAAUUAUAUAGAGUCCUAUAUAGCUACAUACUAAUCCAAAAUGGCUGAUGGUAAAGACUCCAUCACUAUUCUUGUAGUCCACAAUGAUGGCGAUGAUGAGAGUAAUGUUGAAUUGCGAUGGUUAAUCACAGGCACUGUACACAGCAAAAACUGUGGUGUUAACCGGUGUCCAUACACUCUAAAAAUGAAGUGCUAAUUUAGCCCUUACAG